AUGGCACGAAUCACGAUUGUUGGAGCUGGAAUUGUCGGACUAGCCAUCGCGGCGCAACUCUCUCGACUCCACGAUAUUACUGUCAUCGCCAAAAACCUUCCCGGUGAUAAACUGACACUCGAAUGGGCUAGUCCUUGGGCAGGUGCUAACUUUGUAGCUGGCUACUGCAUUUCACCACGCGACAGGAAGAUGCAACGUGAUACUUUUGUUGAGCUCUGGAGGUUGGCCAACCGAUAUCCAGAGUCCAGCGUCAAAACGAUUCCGAUGGAGGAGUUUUUCGAUAAAGAGCGUACAGAGGAUGACCUUUGGUUCAAGGAUUUUGUGCCAGACUUUCGCUUACUUACAGAAGAGGAGUUGCCAGAAGGAGUAAAAGGGGGAUGUACCUAUACAACAAUCGUGCUCAACCCAAACAUCUUUCUCGUAUGGAUGCGCAAUACUCUUGAGACUUCAGGCGUCAGGUUCAAGAGAAUAGAUCUCCAUGCAUUAUCGGAUGCGCGCCACCUCGGCUACGAUGUUCUUAUCAACGCAAGUGGCCUGGGACCUAGGUAUCUGGUUGAUGUUCGGGAUCCGGACAUGCUGUUCCUCAAGGGACAGAUAAUUCUAGUGAAGAGUGAUUAUAACAAGUGUAUGAUGCGUGAUGAUGGAAAGGACUACACAUAUGUCAUUCCUCGACUUGACGGAACGGUGAUUAUAGGAGGUAUUAGGGACCCAGAUACAAGGUAUGUCAAGAUCCGCAUUCCUACCUUCAACACCACUAAUCGUCACUCCACAAACAGUAAUACGGAAGUAGACCUAGACAUUGAUAAGGACAUCACAAGGAGAGUCAACAAGAGCCUUCCCGCCCACUUUUCUGCAGACCCGGCAGACUACGACAUUGUUGGGCAUAAUGUUGGUAUCCGCCCCUACAGAUCAACUGGAAUGCGCAUCGAAAAUGAGAUCAAAGACGGCCAAAACAUCGUUCACGCAUAUGGUAAGCUGUAA